AUGGGGCAGGCGGGCUGCAAGGGGCUCUACCAGUCGCUCUUCGACUACAAGACCGAGAAGUACGUCAUCGCCAAGAACAAGAAGGUGGGCCUGCUCUACCGGCUGCUGCAGGUCUCCAUCCUGACCUACCUGGUGGUUUGGGUAUUCCUGGUGAAGAAGUGUUACCAAGACACGGACACAUCCCUGCAGAGCAGCAUCAUCACCAAGGUCAAGGGUGUGACCUUCACCAACACCUCAGAGCUUGGGGAGCGGCUCUGGGAUGUUGCCGACUAUGUCAUCCCACCCCAGGGAGAGAAUGUCUUCUUUGUAAUCACCAACCUGGUCGUGACCCCCAACCAGCGGCAGGAAACCUGUGCCGAGAGUGAAAGCAUUCCGGAUGCCUUGUGCUAUGAGGACAGCGACUGCCCUCCUGGGGAGCCUGUUGUGGCUGGAAAUGGAGUGAGGACUGGCCGCUGCCUGCGGGUGGGGAGCGAGCAAAAGGGCACCUGUGAGAUCUUCGCCUGGUGCCCGGUGGAGGCAAAGUCCAGGCCAGCGAAGCCACUCCUGGGUGAAGCUGAAGACUUCACUGUUUACAUAAAGAACUUCAUUCGUUUCCCCAAAUUCAACUUCUCCAAGACAAACGUGCUGGACACCACAGACAGAGCUUUCCUGAAGUCCUGUAAAUUUGGCCCCAAGGACCCCUACUGCCCCAUCUUCCGACUUGGGUCUGUGGUCAGCUGGACGGGGAGCAGCUUCCAGGAGAUAGCUGUGCAGGGUGGUGUGAUAGGAAUUCAGAUUGAAUGGGACUGUGAUCUUGAUAGAGCUCCCUCUGAAUGUUACCCUCGCUAUUAUUUUAACCGUCUGGACAAGAGAUUUUCAGAAAACUCUCUUUCUUCUGGGUACAACUUCAGGUUUGCCAAGUAUUACCGAGAUGCAGCUGGGGUGGAGCUCCGCACGCUGUUUAAAGCCUACGGGAUCCGCUUUGAUGUGAUGGUGAACGGCAAGGCAGGGAAGUUCAACAUCAUCCCCACAGUCAUCAACGUGGGCUCAGGGGUGGCGCUCAUGGGUGUGGGGUCUUUCUUCUGCGACUUGGUACUCAUCUACUUCAUCAAAAAGAGCCACUUUUACCGAGACAAGAAAUAUGAGGAAGUGAGGGACCUAGAGGUCCUCGCCCGAAUGGCAGAGUCCUCGCAGCAGAGCGUGGCCCCGGACGCGGCGGGGCUGGCGGAGCAGCCAGAGGUGCAGGAUGGAGGUGGCGCCCAGGAGAAUGGCUGUGUGUGCCGGCAGCUCCUCCAGCCUGCCAGGUCUGACCACCAGGGGAAUGGAAAGGUGAAUGUGGAGCAGCUGCAGAACCUGCAGACCAUGGAGGCAUAG